CCGAGGAUCGUGGCAGGUGACCGGUGUCCAAUUGGGACGAGACAAGAUCCGGUCCCUUCGUCGCCACCUCAGAUUGAAUCACAGUUUGGCAGCGCAGUGCUCCGCAGGUGCGCAACCUGUCGGUCAACUCGCUCGCUGCUCUCGCUGUCGUGCUCAUGGUCUCUCCAUUUCCUCCCUUCCCGCGUCGUCUCCGCUCGUCAAACCUCUGCCGCUUUGCCUCCCUCGCUCGCCAUUCCAUCCCUCCCAUCCCGCCUCCAGAUCUCGAUGCGGCCUUCUUCCUGACACUUGCUUUUCUGUAAGAGCCUUCCUGACGCCUGACGCCACCAUGUCCGCCUGCGACGACGACCACGCCUCGCUCCUCAGAUCCGCCGCCGGAGCGGGCGCGUCGUCGUCGUCGUUGUCGUGCCCCUCGCCGCGCUCUGCGGCCGGCCACCGACACGCCGACGUCGAGGCGGCGGACGACGCCGCGGUCGCCGCGUCCCCGAGGCGCAUCGGGGGCGUGCGCGGCCUCCUGCGGCACCUCGACCGCCGCAUCUCCUCCCGCGGACCUGCGCGCCGCCACCAGCAGCAGCCUGAUCGCUCCGCGGCGCUCCCCGAGCAGCAGAGGCAGCGGGCGGGGGAGGAGCUUGGGGACGGGGCGCCGCCCGAGUGGGCGCUGCUGCUCAUUGGCUGCCUCCUCGGGCUCGCCACCGGCAUCUGCGUCGCCGCGUUCAACCGCGGGGUCCAUGUCAUCCAUGAAUGGGCAUGGGCAGGUACCCCCAAUGAAGGUGCAGCUUGGCUCCGCUUGCAGAGGAUAUCUGAUACUUGGCACAGGAUACUGCUGAUCCCCGUGACAGGAGGUGUAGUUGUAGGGAUGAUGCAUGGGUUACUCGAGAUAUUUGAACAGCUCAAACUUGCGAGACCACAGCAGAACCAAGGAAUCAACUUACUUGCAGCCAUCUUUCCGACUGUAAAGGCUGUCCAGGCUGCUGUUACUCUGGGGACCGGUUGUUCACUGGGGCCUGAAGGUCCUAGUGUGGAUAUUGGUAAAUCAUGUGCACACGGGUGCUCAGAAAUGAUGGAGAACAAUCGGGAAAGGCGGAUUGCUCUUGUAGCUGCUGGGGCUGCUGCUGGAAUUGCUUCAGGCUUUAAUGCAGCAGUUGCUGGGUGUUUCUUUGCCAUCGAGACGGUAUUGAGACCCCUUAAAGCAGAAAAUGCACCUCCUUUUACGACUGCUAUGAUAAUAUUGGCAUCUGUUAUAUCAUCUACUGUAUCAAAUGUUUUGCUUGGAGAAAGACCAGCUUUUAUAGUGCCAGCAUACGAGCUUAAAUCUGCUGCCGAGCUGCCUCUGUACCUCAUUUUAGGAAUGCUUUGUGGAGCUGUCAGCGUGGUAUUUGGACGGUUGGUAGUAUGGUUUUCAAGAUUUUUUGCUUACAUAAAAGAAAAGUUUGAUUUUCCUAUUGUAGUGUACCCUGCUUUGGGUGGGCUUGGAGCUGGCCUCAUAGCCCUGAAAUAUCCAGGCAUUUUAUACUGGGGUUUCACAAAUGUUGAAGAAAUAUUGCAUACUGGGAAAAGUGCUUCUGCUCCUGGUAUCUGGUUGUUAACUCAACUUGCAGCUGCGAAGGUAGUUGCGACUGCCCUUUGCAAGGGCUCUGGUCUUGUGGGUGGGCUAUACGCUCCAAGCCUGAUGAUCGGGGCUGCUGUUGGAGCUGUUUUUGGGGGUUCAGCUGCAUACUUAAUAAAUGCAGCUAUACCUGGUAGUGCUGCUGUUGCACAGCCACAAGCUUAUGCUCUAGUUGGAAUGGCUGCUACACUGGCUUCAGUCUGUUCAGUCCCAUUGACUUCGGUGUUGCUUCUCUUUGAGCUGACAAAGGAUUAUAGAAUUUUGCUACCUCUCAUGGGAGCAGUUGGGUUGGCAAUAUGGGUUCCUUCUGUGGUAAACCAACCAAAUAAUGGUGAACCUUUCGGGUUUAGAGCACCCAUGCGUGGUUAUUCUUCAAUUUCACCGCAAGAUAAAAGUAGUAGUAUCUUGAGGAGAAGUGACGUUUUAGAUGAUCUCGAGCUCACUAACUUACAAACUGAUCUUGGUAACAAUGGUACCUGCAAAGAUGAAAUGCUUCUAGAUGAUUUGAAGGUCUCGCAAGCCAUGUCAAAGAUCUAUGUUAAAGUUUCACCAUCUGCCACAGUGGGGGAAGCUCUCAAGCUAUUGAAUGAUAAGCAACAAAUAUGUGCCCUUGUUGUGGAUGAUGAAGAUUUUCUUGAGGGACUUGUUACAUUAGGGGAUAUUCGGCGUAUGGGAUUUGAGUUACACGGGGAAAGUUUCAUAAGUGGAGACCAGCUCAAUUCUGAUGAAGCCUGUUCAACCAUUUCAUCAUGUCUCACUCGAGGAUUCCAGUACAAGGGGAGUGAACGUGGAUUGCUAACAUGCUUUACGGAUACUGAUUUGACGACUGCAAAAAACCUUAUGGAGGCCAGAGGAAUAAAACAGCUGCCCGUUGUUAAACGUGGCAUUGGGCAUAGAACUGAAGGAAAGCGCAAGCUUAUCGCCCUUCUCCGUUACGAUUCUAUUGGUCACUGCUUACGGGAGGAGAUUGAGAACUGGAAGACGAUAUAUCAGAGAAAAGAAGAUUUCCAUAUUUUAGCAAAUGGUCACACAUUACAGUGACCUAUGAUAUACCACAACAUUGAGUGUCUAUGUAAACCUGUAUAGCUUGGAGGGCUAUCCUCCAUCAGUUAAGCCUGAGGUGAUUUAGGCAGGCAAAACCUGACCAAUUUUGCAAUGGCACUUUCUCACCAAUUCAGCAAACGUGCAUUCCCUGGAAUCCUGGAUGUCUUCUUCGAACCUGCUGCUGUUAGGCAAACCUGUUAAUUCACACGGACACAGGAGACCGGGUGGAGUAUGCUGUAUGCAUGUAGAGUACGAAGAUAAGGCUGUGUUGUACAUUUGUGAUUUGUGCACUUUGCUCGCCUUAGUCUGUAGUUCUGUACUGUCUGUCUGUCUGUCAUAGACUUCUGGAAGGUGUGGUCACACGAGGAAUUCUUGUAAAAUGUGCAGUAGAAAAUUUUGGGAGGCGGAUGUUGUAAUCUGGACUUGAGGAUGUGAUCACACAGUUUACAUUGCUUGAACGGCAUGCUUGUUGAUUUUAUCGGA